AUGCUCAACACCCCGUCAUUCCUUUAUUUCUUUCAAUUGCUGAAUAAUUGGCCGAGAUUCUUCGUGUUCCUUUGGGAUAACACGAUAGUCCCUGUUCACACAGUUAUCCCAAUCGAAACGUGGAGACCCUCGUUUUUCGACAAUGACACAACACCAAUUGUUGCGAAUUCUCUCGAGGAGUUUCGACGGAGAUAUGGCAUUGUUGAAGUGUCGGCUUGUUCAAAACAUUUCCCAAAAGAGGCCACAUUUUGGUGGGAGAUUCUAGGAGAGGGAUCAUUGACUCUUCCAUUGCAAUCAACAUCUUGUAGGACGUCGUUUAAUGUGCUCAAACAGGGUGCUUACAAGGUGAGCGUUGUGGUGAGAGGAGGAGACGGAACGAUACUCGGCGCUGGGAGUACAACUGUUCAAGUAAACGAUCGAUGGAUCGUUGCGCUGGGGGAUUCUUUUUGCUCGGGUGAGGGGAAUCCGGAUCGAUCGAGGAGUGCACAAAGGGAAGCACAAUGGAUGGAUGAAGGUUGUCAUCGCUCGUCAAAUUCUUGGGCUUCGAAAGUCGCUUCUCGUUUUUCGUCAUCUUCUAAAUCUUCCUCGACAAUUUUCACCUUUCUUUGCUGUACGGGAGCCUCGGUGGAAUCGGGGGUUCUCAAAGGAAAUCCACAACAAAUCAAGGCACAAAUCGAGAUAUUGGAAGAGAUUGGGAAAACGAUGGAAAUCAGCCCGGAUGUUGUGUUGAUGUCGGUUGGUGGAAAUGAUAUCGGAUACGCUGAGAUAAUGCACGCAUUGGGGAGUGGCCAUGAAGUGUCAUUGUUUAGGACGUUACAUCUCAGAUUCAUGUUCGCCUCCCAACAACUCGACAAUUUGGCUGUUCGUUUGUCAGCGCUGAGACCAAAGCGGGUGAUUUUCCCGCAUUAUUUUGACCCAUCCAGAGAUGAAAGAGGAAAUUUCGACGCAUCUUGUGACGAUUUUAAAGAUAUUGGCUCCCAAAAUCUGCAAACAGCUGAGGAGUUGAUUCUGAAGCGAUUGAAUAAGCUGAUCACGGCGAAAUGUGUGGAGAAUGGGUGGACGGAUGUCGAUAUCUCGAAGGUUUUUGAGAAAGGAGGCGUCUGCAGUCGAACGUCGAGGAUACGCAGUGUCGCUGAAUCUCUACGUCUUGAGGGUUCUGUGCUCGGCGCUUUUCAUCCAAACUCGAUCGCUCAUUCCGAAGUGGCCGAUCUUGCUUGGAAAGCUUUGAAU